AUGCAUGAAGAAUUUAGUCCAACCUUCGAUGUUGAUGUGUCGUCAAAACAUGAACCAACACCAGAUAAAUCCCUAAGUCGUCCUAUCCCCAAAGCGUCCAAGUUUGUGCACAGUGACUCAGCGGAUCAGCUUCAAAUAAUUCAGCAUCUUUUGAAGAAGAGACAUUUUGAUCGCCAGCCAGAACGGCUUUUCUACUGGCAUGCCGACUUUAAACAGCGCCAACGAGAAAUCAAUUGUACGGAACCACAUUUUCAUGUUCUAUAA